AAUAGUUCUACUAGCAGCUGGCACGUGACCACAAAUCAAUUCUCCCAUAGCCUGGAUAAGUUUAUUGAACGAUGGGUCUCAUACAGACGGAUGCGGACGAAGAAUUUUACGAUGUCACACAGGAGCUGGACGACUUGAAAAACCUUAUGAGAACGUAUGAACAUCAAUCUUGUAAUCUUCACGAUGAAUUGAGGAGAGCUCAAGAAGAUUUUAAGAAACUGACUGUGUUACGAGAUUCUGCUGUUCAUCAAAAAGCUUUAUGCAAGAAGACAUGCAUAAAGGAGCUUACACGUGAGUUAAAAGACUACGGUAUGCUGAUUGAAGCAAAGGAUCGUAUUAUAUCAGAGCUUCAAAAGAAGCUCGAAAAAUGCAGUAAUGAACUGGAUGCUACGCUGGAGCAGCUAGAAUUAGAGAAACAAAAGAAGCGACACGGUUUGGAAAGAGUGAACGAAGUUCAAGAAAGAUAUGUUCAGACGGCUGAGCAGUAUAGUGAUGCAACACAACAAACGGUUUGUGAAUCAAACUGCGAUCACGGAGAUCACAUUGGUGGCUUUCUGGAAAUGACCUCCGCUCUACAGAAACUACUCUGCCGAUGUUACGCACAACGGAGUGUGGAAAGCACACAGCACGGAGAUUUUAUAGAACAACUUGCACUGUCUUUUAAACAAAGUUUCAGGAGGGCGCGAGACAAGCAACAUUCCGACAAGGUCACUUUCUGCCGAACUUUAGAAGAAACGGUGGGGCGUCAUAUCGAAAGUCUGCGAAAAGAGCGUAACGCGCUUCAGACAAAGUUAAUGGAGUCGGAGAUUUCUGCUCGUGAGGCAUCGCAGACUAUUGCCAUGUUGGAGGGGAAAGUGAAAUAUCUGUCUGAUUCCUUGCAAAAAUGGAGCGCAAAGUAGAAUAACCUGCACGAACAGAUGACAAGUUGGAAUCAGGAUUGAUUCCUUCAUCCUGGGUGGUUUUCCAACGUGCUCUCCAAUUUUACUUAAAUAACCAUCCCAUUGAUUUGAAAUACGAAUGCAAGCCAAAAUGUUCUUUCCUAUUUUUAACCUAAAUAAAUCACUAAGGAGUGUUCA